GCUGAUGUGGACAAAGCAGUUGAUGCUGCCAGCAAGGCUUUCGCCCUGGGCUCCACCUACCGCACCAUGAACGCCAGCGACAGGGGCAAACUGCUGUACCGUCUGGCAGACCUUGUGGAGCGUGACCUCAACUACAUCGCUAACCUGGAGACCCUGGACAAUGGCAAAGCGUUCGCUCCUCACGGCUCGAUUGGGGACACGAUGUUCAGCGCAAUGGUGUUCCGCUACUACGCCGGCUGGGCCGAUAAGAUCUGUGGAAAGACAAUUCCCAUCGACGGCAACUUCUUCAGCUACACCAGACAUGAGCCGGUGGGCAUCUGUGGACAGAUCAUCCCAUGGAACUACCCUCUGGCAAUGGCUACCUGGAAGAUCGCGCCGGCGGUGGCGGCUGGCAACGUCGUGGUGAUGAAGACUGCGGAGCAGACGCCCCUCACCGCCCUCUACCUGGCUUCUCUUGUCAAGGAGGGACCAGUCCAGCAGAUUUUGAAGUUCAAGGACCUUGACGAAGUGCUUCGCCGUGCCAACGACACGACGUACGGCCUGGGAGCUGCUGUGUUCACCAAGGACAUCAACAGAGCCCUGAUGUUUGCUCAUGGAGUCCAGGCUGGCACUGUCUGGAUCAACAGCUACAACCAUGUCAGUGCCCAGAGUCCGUUCGGUGGAUACAAGAUGUCUGGCCUGGGGAGAGAACUUGGCGAGUACGGCCUGCAGAACUAUGUGGAGGUGAAGCACGUUUGCGUCUCUCUGCCCCAGAAGAACUCCUAAGCUGGUGACCCCAGAACGUCGCUCCACGCUUUCUGCAGAUAUCUGCCGCUCAUAUGUAACUGGUGAAUCCACCAGAUUUAAUUAUGCGUCAUACCCUCGAAAAAUUUGACAAUGAUUUUUCUGAUAAAUUGGCCAACUGAGAGAAAACAACUGUUUGAAAAAAUUUUGUAGAAAGUACUUCAUUACAAGAAAAUCAUUUACAAAUUACAAAUUGUAGGUUGGUCUAACGUUCAGAUAUUUUAAAAUUUCUAUUUUAUUACUGUCAGUAUUUUCAGUUCUGGUGUACAUUUUGAGAGUGAAGCAGUCUUGCAGUCAUCAUGUAGACUGCUUUGAUUGUUCACAAAGUAAUGACCUAACGGACAUUUGAGACCUGAAACAAAAUACGGAUCUGUCAUAGCUUGUGUUCUGUGUAGUUCGUGUAGCACAUCUCUGCAUACACCUUUUCUUGUAGUUUUUCUAGACUGCUGUUUCUUUUCUUGAUUUGACAAUGUUAUGAUUGUACUCUUUAGCUAAUGCUACUGUGAUUUAACUGGCAAAAGUCUUCCCAUUUUACAGUAUGCAACUGAAAUUACUGUUGUUUAUAUAAUCUACAUUGUUGAUUUUUUUUUUGGUUAAAACAAAUUUGUAGUGGAAAUAAUGUACUCAGUCCGAGAAAAGUAUUAAGUACUUUUAAUCUGGCCAAGAUGACAUCAGAGGAAUCCUACUGCGGUGUGGGUUUGUGGAUGCCUCGUGUCAAUGAUUUAUUCAAUAAAUUCCAAGUGUAUUUUACGAUAA